AUGUCCGCCCCUUACACCGUCCCCAAGCUCGCCAACGAGGCCACCUGGCGCGACGCCAAGUGGCCCGAGAUGAAGAACGUCCUCGCCCUCCGCGCCGCUGCUGGUGAGGAGACGGAGCGCGCCCCCGUGUGGGUCAUGCGCCAGGCCGGCCGCUACCUCCCUGAAUUCCUCGAGGUCCGCAAGCACCACUCGUUCUUCGAGUGCUGCCAGACGCCCUCGAUCGCGGCCGAGCUCACGCUCCAGCCCAUCGACCGCUACCCGCGCCUCGACGCGUCCAUCAUCUUCUGCGACAUCCUCGUCGUGCCCCAGGCGCUCGGCAUGGAGGUGCUCAUGGAGCCCAGCAAGGGCCCCGUGCUCCCCGACCCGCUCGUCACCCCCGCCGACUUGAAGAAGCUCCGCGAGAACGUCGACGUCCAGAAGGAGCUGGGCUACGUCUUCGAGGCCGUCACCCUCACGCGUAAGGGCCUCGACGGCCGCGUCCCCCUCAUCGGCUUCUGCGGCGCCCCCUGGACGCUCAUGGCCUACAUGGUCGAGGGCGGUGGCUCCAAGACGUUUGAGAAGUGCAAGUCGUGGCUGUACAAGUACCCCGAGGAGAGCAAGCAGCUCCUCCGCAUCGUCGCCGACGUCUGUGCCGACCUGCUCGUCGGUCAGGUUCUCGCUGGUGCCCAGAUGCUUCAGGUGUUCGACUCGUGGGCCGGUGAGCUCACCCCCUACCACUUUGAGCAGUUUGCGCUCCCCGCCCUCAUCCACAUCUCCAAGAAGGUGCGCUACUCGCUCAAGCAGCUCGGCCACCCCGAGGUGCCCAUGACGCUGUUCGCCAAGGGUGUGCACUCGCCCUCGUCGCUCGCGCUCCUCCGUCCCGAGACCAUCUUCUACGACACGAUCGGCCUCGACGCCUUCCUCGACCCCGUCGAGGCCAAGCAGCUCCUCGGCGGCAAGUUUGCUCUCCAGGGCAACUUUGACCCCGUCAUCCUGUACGGCGGCAAGGAGGGUAUUGAGAAGGAGGUUGAGCGCGUGAGCAAGCGCUUCCACCAGGCCGGCGGCGGCUGGAUCGCAAACCUCGGCCACGGCAUCACACCCAACGUCAAGCCCGAGGACAUGGGCUGGUUCCUCGAGUGCGUGCACAAGUACUCGGCACGGAAGUAG